AUGGAGUCUGUCUCAUACGAACGAGGCCGCUUCUACGUCGGUCCAAACGGCUUUCCCCGCUUCGCCGGCUCAGCGUCUGGCGUCUACCUUGCCGACACUGUGCGCUCACAGGUCUCCCCUUCAGCACAACCACGCUUGCGCUCGCCCGGUAUCGAGGAGGCUUUCAUUGCCCGCAACAAUGAAGCCCCCCGGCACGACGAUCUCUUCUACGACCCAUUUAUUCUCAAGGCCCGAGACCUACGGGAUGCACCUGCGAUCCGCACUGCGCUGACAAGAUACUUUUCGACAUGGCACCCGCUGUUCCCGUUUCUGGAUGGGGCCUACAUCAUCGAGUGCUUUGAGAAUGCAGUCCAGGGCGCUGGCAUAGGGCUGGGGAUGGCGGGGGAUGUUGGGCCGGGAGUGGAUCCCAACGCACCUGCCUUCCCAGGCCUCACGGUCGAGGAAGGCAUGGUGCUCACGGCCAUCUUCAUGGCUUUGCUCGCCAUUGCUGACCUCGACGCUCCGCCGACCUCCAACGCAGACUCAUACCUCCCCCGCCUCCAGUCCAGCACACAGGCCAAUCUGCUCGCCAACCUCGUGUUCACCGCCGUCCAGAACUCGGCAGUGAACGACCUAUUUGCCAUCCAGGCGCUCAUCGCCAUCAUGCUCUACUUCUACGUGUCACGUACUCUGCGGCCAGCGAUGCAUCUAAGCGGUACGGUUUCGAGUAACACCUCAGAACUCGCCUACGAACUUGGUCUCCAUCGCUGUCCAGACCGGUACCUUUCAACAUUCAAAGACCCCGCCGACCGCGAGAUGCGCAAGCGUGUCUUCUGGGCGCUACCUGGCGGAACCGAGGCACACGCAGAGUGCCCCGAGUCGCCACCGGGACACCCAGCACGCACGCCGCUCGACAAUGGUGGGGAAGGAGAUACCGUGGAAGGCAGCGGUAACGGUACCGGCACUGGUGGCAACGGCAGCACCGUGCGCCCACUGAAACGAAGGCGCGAGGGAAGUACCAGUACCCAUCUCCUCGGCUCUCCGGCCGCCUCUCUUCAAGGCUCGCCUGUGCUCACACUCUCGCCAGGCGUGAUUCAGCCCUCUGUGCAGCAGACAAUGGGCAUUGGAACGCACCAGCACCACUACUCCCGCCUCCUCCCGGCCUAUUCUGUCGUCGGCAUUGCGCGCCUCACAGGGCGUGCGAUGGAGGUGUUCAACAAAUCGCUGCGGUACCGCUCGCUCAACUCACAGGAAACACUACAGCUGCGCACCGAGCUGGAGCGGUGGUGGAACGAGAUCAGCUUCGACAGUGGCACGGACGACGAUGACGGCGACGAGCAUAAUGAACCAGAAUCCGACCCACGUACACCGUACCGGACCCUCCUGACAUGCAUGUACCACCACCAGAUCAUCAACCUCUGCCGCCCCGCGCUCUCCCUCGCGCCCACAGCCCUCGCACAUGCGUACGCACUGCAGACCUGCGUUGCGUCCGCGCGCGUCAUCUGUAACACCCUCGCGCACGCCGUGAACACCAACACAGGCAGGCCAAGUAGCAAGCGCAAGGGCACGGGCGAUGCCGACCACGACCAGUCCAACCCCCUGAUGGUUCUCUGGCCGGGGUACGUCGACAUGGUCUUCUUCGCCUCCCUCAUCCUCGUGUACGGCAACAAGCGCGACGCGUCAAAUGGGGUCGCCAACCCGCAGCGACUGAGGUCCGAGCUCCGGCGCGCGAUCCGCAUCCUCGAGGCGUUCCAGGCGCGCUGGAACCUGCGGCCGUUCAUAAAGGCGUUGCGCACGCUCCUUGAUCCAGCGAGCCCAGCGGGGGGAAACGGGAACGGGAACGGCCGAGAUGCGGGUAUGCCCACCGCACCCAAACCGCUCAGUGCCACUGGAGGCGUGCUGCCAGAUGGAAAUACAGCGCAGGUGCCGCUGGCGGGCGAGCAGCUGUUUGAUGCGUUCUUGUUUGACUUUGACACGUUUGAGCUGCAGCCGCAGACCCAGUGGGCAUUCCAUAUGAGCUUGCCAGGGUCGCCGUCCCAAGUAUAG